CAAGCGACAAGCAUCGUCGAGACAUCAGCGAGAGGGAGAGUUACAAACAGAAACACUCGCUUCAUCACAGACUCGAUCUAUGGAAAUUACAGAAGACAUUGCCGAAAGCUCUUUCUACAAGACUGCUGCUGAUCUGACCAGCGAUAACAGGAACAACUGAAAUUGGGACGGCAACAUUGGAAAUACAAUCUGAAAACUCCAUUUGCUUGACUUUAUCAUAGCAGUAUAUACACUGUACCGAUCAGUGAGAAGUAUUCAUGAACGCGCUCCGUCAGUGAGUUUGUUGGACUGUGCGCGCGAUUUGUCUUGUCUACAGAGAAAACAGACUGCUCUACAUUUCUAAACAACCAUUACAUUUAUAAGAGACGCAAAAGGCAUAAUGGUGAACCCUGGAGGAAGUGCCCAGCCUCUACCUGUUGGAGCGGGGUCGCUGUCGUGGAAGCGCUGUGCGGGCUGUGGGGGAAAGAUUGCCGAUCGUUUUCUCCUGUAUGCCAUGGACAGCUACUGGCACAGCCGCUGUUUGAAAUGUUCCUGCUGCCAGGCCCAGCUCGGAGAGAUCGGCACAUCCUGCUACACCAAGAGCGGCAUGAUUCUCUGCAGAAACGACUACAUCAGGUUAUUUGGGAACAGCGGGGCGUGCAGUGCAUGUGGUCAGUCCAUCCCAGCCAGUGAACUGGUUAUGAGGGCACAAGGCAACGUGUACCAUCUCAAGUGUUUCACAUGUUCUACCUGCCGGAACCGGCUGGUCCCUGGAGACAGGUUUCACUACAUCAACGGCAGCUUGUUCUGUGAACACGACAGACCCACAGCACUCAUCAACGGCCAUUUGAGUUCACUGCAGACUAACCCUCUACUGCCUGACCAGAAAGUGUGUUAGGAUGGAGGUGUUGCUCAAAGCAGGAUGAGUGCCUUCAUUUCAGCCCUCGCUCAUUGUCACUGAAGACCUGUUGGAUCGGACCCCAACCCACUCCUUUUCCCAAAGCUUCUCCAAACCAGAGCAUCAAUCUCAGCCUUGAGCUCCACCUUGACCAACCCUGCAAUAGCCCCCUUUUCACAGCCUUUUACUCCCGAAUCAUGGACGGAAAAUGCCCAUGAGGCCCUAGAGGGGAACUACUGAGGACUCCAAGAACUGACCCAUACGAGACCUCUGAUCCCAAGGGACUCAAACUGAGACUCAAACUGGGACUGACACAGAGAGAAAAGAGACCAGGCAGAGGAUGUUUUUGGGUUAAAAGAAAGAGAAAGGGUGAACAUAAUGAGAAAUGCAGCUUUUUUUAAUUUUUUAUUUUUUAUCUGCAUUUAUAACACUUGUUUAAAAAUUAGUGGGGGAAUACUGACUUUCUUUUUUCUUUAUAUUUUUUGUCCUACCUUGUCAAUUCUCCUUUUCUUCACAACAUGGUGUCUUCUAUUUUUAUAUUUUAGAUGUUGUAAAGGGAAUGUGUUUUGGAUGAUAUAAAAAUCCUGAAGACUGGGUUCCAAGAAGUAUCCGUGGCUUUUUUGUGGAAAUCGAAUCAUGAACACUCUUGGUGUAUUUGUAAAACUACCAUGUACAGUAUGUAUGCAUGUAAAUGUUUUUGUCCCAUUGUGGCUACCGUACAAACUACACAGCAAACCCUGUUACCCUUCCCUUGAACCUAAGACCAUGCAACAAACAAAAAAUGAAGCUCAUAGCUGUCAACCUAUAAAUGCAGAAUGAGAGAGAAAUCUAUUUGUGAUAUUUUCAGAGGAAUUUGCUCCAAUAUGGUGUAUUUAAUUAAUAAAAAAAUAAAAAUAAGAUAAAAAUAAAA